UCACGAUGUAAUGAUGAUGAUAACCACAUACAGCCGUCGUUUAUCCUCCACCACACCUGCAGCGCGCAGCGUCAGGACUGAGGCGCGCGGCAGCUGCGGCUGCACCGCUUUACUUUGACUGCGCUGAUCGGAUGAUGAUGGUGAUGAUGAUGACAUUAAACUCUCUGGAUCUGGGGAGUCCAGUCGGGUAUUUGGCGUCUGAUUCGUUUUAAUUGAACCCACACACGUGCGCGCGUGCCUGUCUGCCCCCCGCCCCCUCCUCCUCACUCAGGCGCGCGCACAUCGCCAAUAAUCAACCUGCGCUGCUGCACAGGAGCAUCCCGGCUGUCGGUCGGCGGUCCCUCUCUGCCUUCCCACUGGAUGUUUGCGCAGAGAGCCGCCGCUCUUCAUCACCUCUGAACUUGGAAGCGCUCCGGUUCCGACACCAUGGCGCUUUAUGGGUGACGGAUCCUUUCGGGUUUAUUUGGGAAAGUUGCGCUGCGUCAUGGACCAACAGCGCAAACUUUAAGAGCUUUUUUCCUUCUUCUGAUGAGAGAGUUAUUUCACAAUGAAGGCAGGUGAAUCACCCGCGGCGCUCCUCAAGUAGACUGGGCUGGGAAAGGCGACACGGAGGGAGUCGUGCUGCAUGCGGAGGACCGGGGAACUGGACCGAUGAGACAACAUGGGUCCGCUGCUGUGUGAUGGGAGGCUGACGUGCUUUCUUUUCCCUCUGCUCCUGCUCCUGCGAGCUCCCUUGUUGUUCAGCUUUGGCGAGCGCACGUGCCCCAACAGCUGCCGCUGCGAGGGGAAAACCAUCCACUGCGACUCCUCUGGGUUUUUAGAAGUCCCGGAAAACAUCUCAGUCGGCUGCCAGGGUCUCUCCCUGCGCUACAAUGAACUUCAUACCCUGCUACCUUACCAGUUUGCUCACCUGGGACAGCUGCUUUGGAUAUACCUGGACCAUAAUCAAAUUUCAGUCGUCGACAGUCGAGCGUUCCAGGGAGUCCGAAGGCUUAAAGAGUUGAUUCUGAGCUCCAACCGGAUCGCGUCUCUGCAUAACUCAACAUUCCAUGGCGUCCCCAACCUUCGUAGCCUUGACUUGUCCUACAACAAACUGGAAAUCCUGCAGCCGGGUCAAUUCCACGGCUUACGAAAGCUGCAAAACCUUCACCUGCGCUCAAACGGUCUCUCCAACAUCCCGAUUCGAGCGUUUUUGGAGUGCAGAAGUCUGGAAUUUCUGGAUUUGGGCUACAACCGGAUCAAGGCUCUCACUCGCACCACCUUCUUGGGAUUGCAAAGGCUGAUGGAGUUGCAUCUGGAGCACAACCAGUUCUCCAGGAUCAACUUUUUUCUGUUUCCACGCUUAGCCAAUCUGAGAUCCCUGUAUUUGCAGUGGAAUCGCAUCAGAGUGGUGAACCAGGGCCUUCCCUGGACUUGGUACACACUGCAGAAACUGGAUCUGUCUGGGAAUGAAAUUCAGACGCUAGACCCGGCUGUUUUCCACUGCUUGCCCAACCUUCAAGUCCUGAACUUGGAAUCCAACAAAUUGUCCAAUGUGUCCCAAGAGGCUGUGACGGCCUGGAUCUCACUGACCACUAUCAGCCUGGCUGGCAACAUAUGGGACUGUGGAGCUGGCAUUUGCCCCCUGGUUGCCUGGCUGAGAAAUUUCCGGGGCAGUAAAGACACCACCAUGAUCUGCAGCAGCCCCAAGCAUCUCCAGGGAGAGAAAAUCAUGGAAGUCACACGGAACCACGGCAUUUGCGAGGAGAAUGAUUACUUCAUGACCGAAACGCCAUCACCGAUGCCGGAGCUAAUCUCUGACGCCACGGCUGAACCGACCUUUGCCCCCACCAGUGGUUCGCCAACGACCCCACCCACCAGCACCUUCGGUCCCCUCCCACCCUUCAGACUUCGACCGAUUCCUCACCCGACCUAUCCAGGCCACAUGAGCAAAGACACUAGGAACACCGCGGUUCGCACUCGGCCCACCCUCAUAUCGCCCCCGGCGAUGGAGCACAUGGCGCUGCACAAAGUGGUGGUGGGCAGCGUGGCGCUCUUCUUCACCAUGUCGCUCAUCCUGACCAUCAUCUACGUGCUGUGGCGGCGUUACCCGGGUGCUACGCGGUUGCUGCAGCAGCGGUCGAUGGUGGGACGGAAGCGGCGCAAAAAGAGCCCAGAGCCCGAGCAAAACCUCAGCUCCCAACUCCAAGAGUAUUACAUGAGUUACAACCCCGCUGCCACACCAGAGGCGCUGGAGGUGCUUGGCAACGGCACUGGUUCCUGCACUUGCACAAUUUCUGGCUCCAGGGAGUGUGAGAACGAGUACACGUGUCCACGCCCCCUACCUGGUGCCUGGCUGGGAGAUGUGCCUACAAUCCAUUAACUCUCAGAGAAAGGACUGUUUGAGAUGAUGCAACAAACGAAAGCCCGGCCCGCCAGGAUUCCUCUCUCAUCGCUCAGAUCGGAGGAGACGCUUCAAUUGUCCUCCAUGCAAACGGAUUCCAGGCAACAAUCGAUCCAGGAGGAAAGGAGGAGAUGACGUGGCGGCUUCUCUCUUUUUUCUUAAGGUUUUAUAACAUUUUUUUUAAUUAUUAUUAUUAUUAUGAUUUGGUCAUUUGGCAUUUCUCAUGAUGCUCACUUCACGAACACACGCACCGAUGGUUGAGGAUUCCUGUUGUGCGAACUAAUGAGAGCCAAGGGAUGGAUACAAUAAAGAUGGCCGCCCACUGCAGGGACCCUGAUGGCUUAUUGUCUCCACAAGGACAACAUGGCGUCGUACGAAAAGGACAAGCUGUUCCUACAACACAGGGGUGUGUAAUUUAAAAUGGGUUUCCAUGUUUUCAACUCCUGUGAAGCAUCAUUAUAUAAUCUUUCAGUACAUUUUUUAAAAAAAGAAAGAAAAACUAAACAUGAGCUGCGACGGUUCCUCAGAAAGUACCAAAAGAGGAAUCCGCUUUGGUUGUUUUGAAGCAUUUUGUUUUGUUCGGAGAGUUUUAUAAAUUCUUUCCAAAUAAAAUGAAAUUUCAAGAAUAACUUUUAAUAAGAGAGACAAAAAAACAAAACAAAACAAAAAAACAAACAGAAAUGAGGACAGAUGCUCCAAUCAAGGACAAAUUGUGAUUUCCAGAAGUUCUGCUGUUGUUAAUGUUGUGUUUUUCUUUUCUUUAUUUUUAUUUUUUAAGAAAAAAAAAUGUGUGUGUUUGAGCAACAGAUACCAAAGAGCCAAAUGAAUCCUCCUUUACUUUUGGCUCACCUUAACAUACCGGCGCAUCUCAGAGCAUUUCUGUAUCACACAGAAAGUUAAUUUACUUCAGUGAAACUGGAGCAUUACCUUCAGAAAGUUGUUUAUUUCUGUUCGUUGUGAUGAUUACAGCUUUCACCAAAUCUAAACGAAACACAAACAGUUUCCCCAGAAAGCUAAAAGGAAAUAUAAAUGCUAUGGAAUUAGACGAGCAUCCUCCUUGAAUCCAAGCAAAGUAAAGUUUAGUGGAAGGAAAAACUGCAGUAGAAAAAAGGUCCAAAAGCAUUUAAGUACAAAAGACUGAAUUACAGUUUAUUUGCUCAUUUGUGAUUUAUUUGUUAAAAUAUCAAUACAUAUGCAUUUAAAUAUAAAUAUUUAAUUAAAUAUUUUUAUUUAAUUUAAAAUAUAACUUUUCUUCUACAUUUCUAAGUUAGAUUUAUGAAAAAAGUAACUGUAGUCCUCCCAAGAAAGUGGUUAUCAAUUUUGCUUGUGCAAUUUGUUUCCCACUGCAUGUUUUCCUUCCACUAAACAUUCCCCCAAUAUGACUCUGAGCGGCCAUUUUCUUGAGCAAUGACAAAUUGUGACUCAUCUUAAUAACUUCGAUUUUAAAGGAAUAUUUUAGGUAAGAAAAUUAAUUAUUCAUCAAAAUCAACAGAAAUAAAAGCUUGAAAUACGUCUUAAGCAGCAUUACUGAAAUAAAUAAACUUUAAAUGAGAUGCACCUAUACUUCACGACAAAUCUGGUAUUUGUUUUCUUUACAGAUUAAAUAUUAAAAGAGGCCUCAACUCCCUUCAGGUCCAGCAGUGCUUUGCUGCUGAAGCUGCUUUUCUCUCUUUUCUUUUUCUUUCUUUUCCUCCUCCCCUUUUUUCUUCUCAUCAUGUGUGCAACGUGCGUCUUUGUGAAUAAACGACCUUGCAGCGGCAGGAAGAUCUUGUCGGAAAGAAAACUCAGCACUGCUUUACAUUGUAAAACUUUUCUUAAACCAGAGUAAAAAUUUAAAAAAAAUCAUGCUUUCUUCAGAAACAAUCACCCUGCUCGCCCCCCUUAAACAGACUGCAUAAUGUUGCUGUGCACGGUUCUGCGUGGGCUUGUGUUUCUCUUUAUUUUUUUGUUUUUUAUUGUAUUUGAAACCCACUGAGUUGUGGAUUGUUUUAACCUGUACUCUUUCUACACAAGGAGAAGAAUAAUACUUUUUUAAUGUAAAUCUCUACUACUUCUUCUUCUCCCCAUCUGGAUUUGUUGCGGUAUUCUCUCUGUUCACUUUCAACAGUAUGUUUUAUAAUUAAAAUGAUGACUUUACUGGUGAGCAAUAGUAAUUGGUCAAAUUAAAAACCUCCAUUGAUCCU